AUGCCUAGUCGCGCAGUGAGUCGCGGCCCUAUAAUUGGCGAAGUCAGUAUGGCUGACAAUCCCUUCGCGACCUUUGAGUCGCUCACACAAGCCGGCAUCAUAGCGGUGAUCGGAGUAGCUAUCAUCAUAUCCAACUUACUUAUCAUAGUUGCCUUUCUUAAUUUCAAAGGUCUAUCGAACGAGGUGAUAAACUACUACUUGCUGUCGCUGGCCGUGGCAGACCUUCUGUGCGGUGUCUUCGUGGUGCCUCUCUCGAUAUACCCGGCCAUCACCGGUCGCUGGAUGUUCGGGGAUCUGAUGUGUCGGCUCGUCGGCUACCUUGAGGUCACUCUCUGGUCCAUCUCAGUUUACACCUUCAUGUGGAUCUCGGUCGAUCGUUACCUCGCCGUUAGGAAACCGCUCCGUUAUGAGACGGUUAGUCUGACGGUGCAAACGCGCACAAGAAGUCAGUGCUGGAUGGUCUUUACGUGGGUCUCAGCGGCCAUGCUGUGCUGUCCUCCCCUUCUCGGCUACAAAAAGGAUGCAAGCUUCGACAAAGAGACUCUGAUUUGCAUGCUCGACUGGGGGACUACUUAUGCUUACACUGCAACUUUAGCCAUGCUCAUACUUGGCCCUAGCGUCAUAUCAAUCGUCCAUAAUUAUUGGUAUAUAUUUGCCAUGAAGAGAAAGCUUAAUAGCGGAGUACCCAUACACGACAAGGAGUACGCGACCGCUUUGGCAGAGAAUUUAGCUAAUCCCAGCCAUUGGAUGAGUUUCGUAAUGGUCACCACGUUCUGGUUGAGCUGGGCCCCAUAUACUGGUAUCAGGAUGUACGAGUAUUUCACGGAUCAGGAAUUAAAGAUGCCCAUGUUGCACUUCGGCAUGGUCUGGGUGGGAAUACUUAACUCUUUUUGGAAAGUCAUAAUCCUCGUAUCCCUCAGCCCGCAGUUUCGUCUAGCGUUACGCAUCUUAUGUCUGACAGCCUGCUGCCGGUCGAAAGGUCGAUUGCAGGCGGCACUAGUGGAACUGGACAACGAUGAUUAG